AUGGAUGAACUUCAAAUAGUAUCGAUAGGCAUGCUCGUCCUGCUGCUCUUCUUUUCGGUGGCCUACUUGCUGGAGGCAGCCGAGGAGCGCCGACAGCUCAAGCUACCUCCAGGCCCUCCAGCAUCGCUGCUUUUCGGAAGCAGACUGCCCGCUUUCGACAAGCACCCAUGGCUCGUCUUUGACGAGAUGAAGAAACAGUACGGACCAGUGAUUACGUUCGCAGAUGGUCCAUCCAAGCUCAUCUUUGUCGUGACUUCUCUCAAAGCUGCUCAGCAUAUACUGGCCGACAAGGCUGCCAUUUCCGGAGAUCGACCUCGCAGCAUCUUGGUGAAUGAGUGGAUGUCGGGUGGGAAUCGCGUGCUUUUGAUGCCUCGCAACGAUCGUUUCCGCAAGUACAGGCGAAUCUACAGCUCUGCCUUGAGCGACAAAGCUUCUGCUCAUUACGAGAGCAUCCAAUCGCAAGAGGCCAAGGACGCCAUGCUUCAGCUUGCGCAAUGCACCGACGACAAGCAAUGGCAACACGUCUUGACCCGCUUGACGGCCAGCAUCAUCAUGUCUGUCAUCUACGACAUUCGCGUUGAGGGCUUGCACGAUCCUCGAGUGCAAACGAUGAUCAAACACCUCUUCACCUUCACCGGCUACGUUCUUCCAGGCGCAUCGAUGCCCGAUGCCUGGCCCAUCCUCGAAUACGUCCCCAAGAUUAUCAAUCCUUGGUGAGUCAAGGGAAAAAGCCGGGAGUACUCCCACGUUAGGAUGGUUCUGAACGACUUAAUCUUGCCCUCGACGUACGACAGGAAGAAGAUGGCGGCCGAAUUCCUCAAGAGCGAGAGCGGUAUCGUGACGAAGCUGUUCAGCGAGGUGAAGGUCAGGGUUCAGCAGGGUCAAGCUCGCAGGUGCUUCGUCAGUGAUCUGCAAGAGGAGCAAAAUGCGUUGGGACUCAGCGAUGUCGAGGUGUGUCUGGAGAGAUAGAGGCGAUCUACAAGCAAAGAGUGCUCAUCUGUCGCGCUGCUCUUUCGCAGGCUUCCUACUGCUCUGGUGCGCUUUUUGGUGGUGAGUGGCGAGGCUGAAUGGGAAACGAGGUCAGUGGCUCGGUCCUGAAUUGGGUGCCCUCAUCUGCAACGACAGCUGGCACUCAUACUACUGCUUCUGCUGCGAGUGCCAUCGCGCUCUUUUGAGAUGCGAAGCGACAGUCGGCUCAUCGACUUGCGUCUCGACGUUUUGCAGCUGUCCGUCCUUGUACUCGCGAUGCUCAAGUAUCCAGCAGAAUACAAGAAGCUGCAAGCGGAGAUGGACCGCGUAGUCGGCUCAGAUCGAAUGCCCUCGUUCGAAGACGAGUUACCCUUCCUUCAGGCGUGUCUGUACGAGUCUUUUAGAUGGCGGCCCAUCACACCUAGCGGUGCUCCACACCGUCUGGAGGAUGACAUCGUCUGGGAAGGGAGGGUUCUGCCAAAAGGAUCCGUCGUGUACGCGUGUCAGUAGUGAGUAUUUCUGGCCGCUCACGAGGAAUGUUGGAGCAGUCCAAGAUGAAGCCGACUCUGCUCCGAACAUGCUAGCUCCAUCAAUCGAGAUCCAGAGGUGUACAGCGACGUAGACACUUUCAAACCAGAGGUGAGUCGUAUGGCUCCUUGCAUAGUGCACAAGGUCCUUACCCGAUCUUCAUUUCCGUCGCAGCGCUUUUUAGACAGCAGCGGAAAGCUUACGGCAACGCGAGAUGCCAUGCAACUCCUAUUUGGUUGGGGCCGUCGUGCCUGGUGAGGUUCUUGGUCGUAGACAUGGAUACGAAGAGACGCCAUAGCAGCAGUGCUGAUGCUUCAUAGCUUGCCUUUGAUCAGCCCGGGUAAUCACGUCGCUAUGCGCAGCUUGCGAAUCACCCUGGCUAUGCUCGCUUGGUCUUUCGAUAUCACGUCGCCCCUGAAACCGCAAGACCAGCCAACUGUGAGCCGAUGCGACAGGGGGGCGCGAUAUACCCGAGUUGAAAUGCUGAUUUCUGCGUGCGUAGUCGUACAAGCGAUUCACCAGCUCUUCGGCGAGCAUGCCUUUCCCUUUCCCAGCGUGAGUAUCUUUGUCCCUCGAUCGAUUUGUUUUGGCUGAGCUAGUUCAAUCUCGGUCCGCAGGAAGUUUACCUGGCGCUCCGAGGAGCGCCGACAGGUCUGUCUGGCAGAGGUGGCAGCUACUAGCGUGCGUAUAUUAGCGGCAUCGCUGGGCCGUCAUCAGCAGAGCAGCGAGGCACGUUUCUGAAUCUUCUGUUUGCUUCAUUGCAGCAGGAUACUUGCAAGUGA